AAUAGGUUGAGGGUCCUAGCAUGUCAAAAAGGGAAGAGCAUUAGAUCGAAGAUAAUUUCCUUUCCUUCAUAUUAUUUAGAGCUAGAGUGCUUUGUAGGGUGUCUGUCAACAAUAUGGCAGAGGAUGUGGAGAAGUAUCUAGCAAGCAAGUUCAAGAACAAACUGGAAAUGAGCUCAAAAUGCCGAUUUCACAGCCAAUUUGUGAAGUUGAGCGAACUGAUCGAGCACAUCCUUGGUUCACCGUUCCCAAAGGAGAGAUCACUAAACCAAGAGUUAGUCCUGCUCAACAACGCCCUCGAGGAGUGCCGGACGAUCUCUAUGAAGAAAGCUCUUGUCUCCCCAAACAAGAUAUUUACACAAUUGAGCAGCUUGGAGAAGAUCAGGCAGGACCUGGAAGGAAUGAAGAAAUCAAUUGCCGACCUGGCCAAUAACGCCUGCCCAAGGCCGAGGGAGGACAGGGCCGAGAUCUCCCGUGAGGUCACCACCAGGGAAGUCGAUUCCUCCAGGGUUCGUGGGCUCAAGGAAGAGGUCAUGUCCCUUGAGAGGCUGCUUCUAGAUCCCAAGAGAGCAGAUAGCUUCAAGGCGGUUGGGAUCGUGGGGAUGAGAGGGGUUGGGAAGACAACACUUGCCCAGAUGAUUUGUGAUAAGCAAGAAGUCAAGGAUAAGUUCGUGCCGAGGAUUUGGGUAUGCGUUUCCCACCAGCCAAACAUGGCUAAAGAAGAACUGAAUGCUGCCGUUGCCAAGAGGAUCCUAACCCAUCUAGGAAUUAAUGAGGCCAUGAGUGGUUCGAUUUAUUCGAGCCAUGGCCUUAGGGGGCUGCUCUAUGCUCUUCAUCUGCAACUAGCUGGUAAAAGAUAUCUGAUAGUGCUCGAUGAUGUGUGUGGCACGGACCCCUGGUACGAGAUGCUAAGUUCGUGCUUUAAGUGCGAGGAUGGCACGGAAGAAUGGGACAAGAGGCUUGCGCACGGGCUGCCCAAGGGGUCAGGCGGGGCAGUUAUUGUCACAACAAGGUUCGAGGAAGUAGGGAACUUCAUGAUCGGGAGAGACAACCUGCACUUUCUACAGCCAUUCUCGGACCCUGAGAUCUGUUGGACGAUAUUCAAAGAUGAGGUUAAAAGAAACGGGGUCGACGAUAUCAAUAAUGUCGAGCAGGUGGAUAAACUGAAGACAGAGCUCGCAAAUAAGUGCGAUGGGCUUCCACUGGCUGCAAGAGUUAUGGGUCAGUUCUUCGUAGAGCAGCUCAAUGAGAAGCUGAAGCCAAAACAAAGCCACCACGGUUCGGGCUAAUGUGAUAAACCGUCCUGUCUCAAGUGAGCUAUGCUCAUCGUAUUGGCUUAGAUGAAAUGCAGUAUGUGAUCAUAUCCAAAGUCCAUAUGAAGACCAAAUCAUGUCUACGAUCGAAUAACUAGUUUCGGGACUCGCUUUUGUGGUUAAGGUUGGAUUUCGUGGCUUUGUUGUUUUUGUAAUUUGUGUCUGGCAAGAGUAACACGAACAUGCUUAUUUCUAAUCAAAUGAACGGGAGAAAACUGAGUGUUUCUGAAUA